AUGGCAGCACCAGCUCGAGCUCCGAGACCUCUGAUUCCAGCUAUCGACAUACACGCUUUUGGUAACCUUCUCAAAGGUGCACAGGAUAAACUUAUCGACACGUUCCUGAGAUGGGGUUUUGUACAUCCGACCGUUCCAAGCGCGACACACGCGUUGAAUCAAGGGCGGUGGCUGCCAAUACAGCCUAGGAACAUUUCAGGAGAAGAUCCGCUUGCAGAAGGUGGAUCAGGCAUAGUGCAUCUCUGGUGUUGUCUCGACGCUCGUGACCGAAUCAUCGAUCGAGUGAUUGUGAAGGAAAAUGUGCCUGGACUUACAGAGUGGAAUCGUGUCGACAUUUGGCGCAACGGACAAGUCGGAACCGAACCCAGAGAACACGAGAUAAGCGUCGACCUGUUCACACGAUUGCAGGCCGCCAACGCUGGCGACGGUAAAUUCAUGGUGGAGUGCCUUGGCUAUGGUGACCUGAGAGGUCCUUAUGGGACCAAUACUCAGGGCCAGCCCAUUGCUCAGGCCUUUGCUAACCAACCGGCUGUCAGUGUAGCGAGAUUCAAGCUCUACCUUGAGUAUUGCCCUUAUGGCGAUCUCUAUUACUUGAUUCGACGACACAAGGCGGCCAACAAACUCUUCGAGGAAGGAUUUAUCUGGAUGAUGUUCGAAGCUCUUGCAAAAUGCGCCAUUGAGAUGGAGCAUGCCAACUUUGUUCAUGGAGAUAUGUCAACGAGCAAUAUCCUUCUAGGAACGCAUGAUCCCCAGCGAUUUAAAAUAUGGCCAGUGCCUAAGUUGGCUGAUUUUGGGGGUUCUCGCUAUCUCACCGCGGGGGCAAUAUUGCGCAAUAAUAAUGCAUUACUCGAACCGAUGCAACCAGAUUUUGGAUCACCGGAACUGUCAAAGAGUGUUGGAGGUUGGGAGGUUCCCGGCUUGACACUCUCAGCAAAGACAAAUGUUUGGAACAUCGGUCUGCUCAUCUGCUGUUUGAUGCGGUUGGAGCCAGUGCUUCCGGACACCGAGUGGCGCUUCACAAACAACCCCCCUGUGUUGGUGCCACCAGCACAUCAUUACCUCCAAUUUGCGAACCCCCAACAGAGAGAGCUGCUACCAGCGAGUUUCCAACACCCAAGAGCCAAUUACAGCCAGGCGCUUCGGGAUCUUGCGGAGGAUUGUAUGAGAUAUGAUCCAAACAACAGACCGACACCAACGGUGUUGUUACGGCGUAUAACGACAGACAUGGUUGGAAACACCGGUGGUUUCGAUACUUUUACUGGAGGUGUAUCUGGCAGAAUUGCUUGGAACAAGAAAGAAAGAAUCCUAGGACCGAGGGUGGAUGAGUGGGCUAUCGGGACGCAAUCAGUCAUCUAUUUGACGCCACCUUGA